UUGGAGGCUUCAGGUGAGAAUAAAAUUGCAUUACAAACAGGGGACAUCCGUGUAGCUAGAUCUCCAAUAGCUGAUAUUAAAUUUGUUGAUAUUAGUUACAAAAAAGGGUACAGAAGAACAUAGGAAGAGGAGAAGAAUCCACUCUUUCUUCAAGAGCGUGUGGAAGGCUAUGAAAAAGCCUUUCUGCUGCCAGAACAAAGUGGAGCCUUUUGUGCCUCCACCAGAACUGGAUGAUCCUGAGCUGUCACCUGUCCCAGAGCCUUCAGACUGCGUCCCAACUAAUGAAUCCAUUAGCACUCGCUAUAUAGUGCAAAAUAUUAUUGGAGAAGGAGGCUAUGGCAAAGUGUAUGAGGGAAUCCGUAUUUCCGAUGGCAAAAAGGUUGCCAUCAAACGUAUUAAAAAAACUGUACGGGAUCAUUAUCUUCAAACUACUGUACAUCCCAAACCUCUCAUUACUGAAGUUGCGCUGAUGCUAACGAUGAGGCAAGGACCCAUAAGCCCCUACGUCAUCCAACUAUAUGAGUGGUUUGAGCACCCUCAAGUAUUCACUCUCGUGAUGGAGAAUCCGGAUCCCUGCGAGAGCUUAUUGGACUUCAUCAACAAUAACCCUAACAUGAAUGAGACAACAGCACGGCUCAUCAUGUGUCAGGCGGUGCAAGCAGUACAGCACUGCAUUGAGUGCGGUGUUUUUCAUAAUGAUAUUCAUCCAGACAAUAUCCUGUUGAGAAAACACACUUUGGAGCUCAAGUUAAUAGACUUUGGCUGUGGUCAUCUUAUUAGUAGUAAUGGCUAUGAUCGCAGUCAAUAUAGAGGAAUACAGGCUUACUUCCCACCUGAGCUCUUCACCUGUGGCAGAUUCUACGCCAUCUCUACAAACGUCUGGGCUCUAGGAGUGUUGUUGUAUGAGAUGGUGAACACGUGUUCUCCAUUUUGCAAUAUAACUGAAAUCACACAAGCUGAAAUUAGGUUUGAAAACCCAGAUUUAUCCAAAGAAUGCCGUGAUCUGAUCGUCCAGUGCCUAAACCGUGAUCCAACUGAACGGCUGACUCUCGAGCAGAUCUUGCUGCAUGACUGGUGUAAAACAGUGGAUCUAGAAGAGUCAGAGGAUUGAAACAGCAU